AUGACCCCUCCACGCCAGAAGCAGAUCCCCAUUCUCCUCCAGCUGCUCGGGUUCUUCUGUCCCUGCCCGCCCUUCCCCCAUGCCACCGCCAAGCCCGAGAAGCUUAAAGUCUUGGCCCAAGCGGGUCUCGCGGAUGGACCUGGGUUCCGCACGGACUUUCCGCUGUACCCCGCCACAAACGACGACUUCACCACUCUCCUCGCCCCCUCACGCAUCCCAUCCCUCGACAUGAGCCACGCCUGCUUCAACAUGCCCACCUUCCCCUCCGACGCCAGCAGCGGACGCAACGCCACCCUUCAACUCCGGUACACGGCCGAGUACAUCGACCCCAACCACUCCCACAGACUCAGGCGCCACACGGCGGAGAACCAGACCUUUUACGCCUGCGCCGACGUCACGCUGGUCGACCCCGCCGUCUUCACGUUCGAGAUCCCUUGCUUCAACGUCACGGCCGAUGCGCACGGCGGGAGCUCGACCGAGGGUGACGAUGGCCACUCUCACUCCCACGACGAGGCGGAUGAUGCCGGGACGGCGGCGGGCGAAUCGUCCGAGGACGGCACCCAGGCUCAGGGUUCUUCCAAAUCUUCUUCUUCUUCGGGAUUGUCCAAGGAGGCCAUCGCGGGCGUCGUCAUCGGGUGCGUCGUUGGGGUGGGCAUGCUCGUCAGUCUCGGCUUUUAUCUGUAUCGGAGGGAUCGAAGGGAGAAGCAGAUCGCCCAGGACAUCGCAACGGCUGUUGAGAAGUAA